UCUUUGCCGUUUGGCGAGAGAGAGGGAGAGAGAGAGAACAGAAAAGUGACGCAUUCUUGUCCAAGAGAAUGCGAGGGCGCAAGCAUGGAGGAGUUGCAGAGUGCGCUUAAAGAACGGGAUCUAAUCGUUUCUACUCUCCCAGAGAAAGGGCGGUGCUUUUUAACAACCAGAGAUUUCUAUCCAGGGGAAGUAAUUAUAAGCCAAGAGCCUUACGUCUGCGUUCCAAACAAGUCCUCAGGUGACCGGAGAUGUGAUGGAUGCUUCACAUCAAGUAACCUUAGGAAGUGCUCAGCUUGUCAUGUUGUAUGGUACUGUGGUAGCACAUGCCAGAAGUUGGACUGGAAGUUGCAUCGUCUUGAAUGCCAAGCUCUGUCAAGGCUUGACAUGGACAAAAGAAAAUCUGUCACGCCUUCCAUACGUCUGAUGCUGAAACUCUACCUUCGGAGAAAACUGGAAAGUGAGAAGGUUAUCCCUACUACUGCUACAAACAAUUACAACUUGGUGGAGGCACUGGUGUCUCACAUUUCUGACAUUGAUGAGAAGCAGUUGGUGCUGUAUGCUCAGAUGGCUAACCUUGUCAACUUGAUACUUCAGUGGCCUGAGAUCAACAUGAAGCAGAUAGCUGAAAACUUUUCCAAGUUUGCAUGCAAUGCACAUACAAUUUGUGAUGGUGAACUAAGACCCUUGGGGACCGGAUUGUACCCUGUCAUUUCCAUUAUUAACCAUAGCUGCUUGCCCAAUUCUGUUUUAGUGUUUGAAGGAAGGUUGGCUGUUGUACGUGCUGUACAACAUAUACCCCAAGGAGCUGAGGUGUUGAUUAGUUACAUUGAAACUGCUGGAAGCACAAUGACUCGUCAGAAGGCUUUGACAGAACAGUACCUUUUUACCUGUACAUGUCCCCGCUGCAUAAAAGCGGGUGAGUCUGAUGAUAUCCAGGAAAGUGCAAUUCUAGAAGGUUAUCGGUGCAAGGAUGAUCAAUGCAAUGGUUUCCUGCUCCGCAGUUCUGAUGGAAAAGAAUUUAUAUGCCAACAUUGUGGAGUUGUUAGGGACAAGGAAGAGAUAAGAAAGAUUGCAAGUGAAGUAAAAUCAAUGUUAGACACAGUUCUUAUGUCUUCAUCGGCUGGCAAUCAUCAGGAGACUUUUUGUAUGUAUCAGAAGAUUGAGACUCUCCAAAGGAAAUUGUGCCAUCCUUUCUCAAUCAGUUUGAUGCAAACUCGUGAAAAGCUUUUAAAGAUUUUGAUGGAGCAGCAAGAUUGGAGAGAAGCUCUGGCAUACUGCAGAUUGACCAUUCCAGUGUAUCAAAGUACAUCAUAUUUCUAUUUGGAUUUGCCAGGGGAGACAUAUUUAAGCUCUUCUGGAGUUUACCCGGGAUUUCAUCCCUUGCUUGGACUGCAAUAUUAUACCUGUGGGAAGCUUGAAUGGUUUCUGGGCAACACGGACAGUGCGAUAGAAUCACUGACGAGGGCAGUGGAUAUCCUGAAAAUUACUCAUGGGACAAAGACGCCUUUCAUCAAGGACCUCUUGUUGAAGUUGGAGGAAGCGCGUGCUGAGGCUUCUUACAAGCUUUCAUCUAAAGAUGAGUAACAAGGUCUUUCUUACACGAACCUGAGGCAUUCCUAAGAAAUACAUGAGCUUGGGGUGGUUAAUAGCUCCGUCGAGAUUCAGUCACCGCAACAAUUUUCACAUUGGAUUCACUCUGGUACAAUUCAUCUCCUAAAAAUCUUUUAUUACUACCCUCACAACCUCGCCCAUUGGUGUUGUUCCUCUGUAAUCUCCCUGCUCUUUAUCAGCAUUCAAAAUUUUGGCAAUAAUCAGAUGUGCUAAAUUGUUAAAUGGAUACCCCUAAGAAAACCGUUUGGGCUUAUACUUUACUGUGUGGACGAUAAAGAAAUGCCACAAAAAAAUAGGACUUAUGGAACAAUCUUGACAGUAGAUCUUAACCGAGGGUGUAAGUUGCCAAAACUUGGUAGUUUAGGAUGUGAGUUGUCAAUGUUGAUAAUUUAUGAUGUAUAUUGUAAAAGCAGUGGUAACUUGGGGGUGCGUUUUGAUAAUGUUUUGUUUAACUA